AUGGUUUCUCUCAUUCCUCUUCUUACAUUGGCCUUGUCCGUUCUGGGCUUGGCUAUCAGACAGCCUGAUUCUCAAGCCGAGCUUGCCCCAAGAUCCGGCCCAAAGGUGUUGCAAUUGGACCUCAACAUCGACAAAUCCAAGCCAAGCGGAAAAAGAGAUGGAUCUGCUCCAAAGGUGUUGCAAUUGGAUUUCAACGUUGACAGAUCAAGCAGAAAGAGAGAUGCCACUGCCGAAAUCGACGACAACAGAGACGUUCGUUACUUCAUGGACAUGUACUUUGGUUCCAACAAGCAGAAGGUCCAGGUGGAGAUCGACACGGGAUCCUCUGAUCUUUGGGUCCACGACGAGAUCUACGGCCCAUCCUACGAAGGCUAUUUCAAACAGUCGGAGUCUGACACUUUCAACUACAUCAACGAGAAAUUCGAGAUCCACUACUUCGACGGCUCUGCUUGUUAUGGUCAGUUCGGCACGGACAAUGUUGCCUUAGAGGACGGAACUGUCGUGAAGGAUUUCCAAUUCGCUGUUGUCAACAAAGCCACUGACAGAGGCACUCCAGCUAUCUUUGGUAUUUCCAGAAAGGUUCAGGAAAACGCUAAGCAUCAGUACGACAACUUCCCAUAUGCUUUGGUGACCCAGGGUAUCAUCGACAAGCCAGCUUACUCCAUCUACAUGUCUAAGGAAGGCGGUGACAAGGGUCUGGUUCUUUUUGGUGGUAUUGACAAGAAGAAGUACGAGGGUUCUUUGGUAUCCUUCCCCAUUAGCGACGACUACUUCUGUGACAUUACACUUGAGAGUCUUGAUGUGGACGGCAAGGAGUACUCUCUUAGCAAGUCUGCCAUGUUGGACACCGGUACCUCUUGGAACUUCUUCCCUGAUGAAAUUGUUGACGACAUCAGCGACAGGCUUGGUGCUAAGAUCAACGAUGAUGGUGACAGAGUCAUUGACUGUAACCAGCCCACUGACAAGUACAUCACCUUCAACUUUGGCACCCAAGAAAUCCAAUUGACCUACGCCGACUUUGUCGUGAGACCGUUCAAAAACGGCUGUCUUGCGGGUAUUAGCUACUGGAAUCCUAAAAACGGUAUUAUUUUGGGUGAUGUCUUCUUGAGGCGCACUUAUACCGUGUACGAUUUUGAGUCCGACACCAUUUCCAUUGCCCAGGCCGUGGACACCGACGAGUCUGAUAUUGUUCAGAUUCCAUGA